UUUUAUGUUAUAUUAUAACGACCUAUCUAUCUAUAGGAUUCAUAAAAUAUCUAUAUAUCGAUAAAUAUACACCGAUGCAUAAUAUAAUAAUAUAUUGUAUAUCGAUGUUAUUCAAAAUAAUAAAUGGUAUUGAAAUCAAUUUGCGCAUCUCUAUGUAGUAAUUAUACCUACUAUCAAGGUAUUCUGUGAUAGAACUGUGGUUUCAUGCACGACACGACAUCAGAUUUGAUAAAAGUAGAAAGCUGUUAUCAUUGAGAAAUCAGGCCAAUGAUCAUUGACUACUCCAUUUGCUCUUAAAAGUUUUACAACUGUCUAUGGUGUUGAUGCGUUUAACAUUCCAUUUAUUUGUUAAAUUUUGUAUUUGACAUUUGUUCAAAACACACACUCAAAUGCCUAAAGUCACGUGUAAGUUGUUAUUAAAUAUGUCACUCGGGUUGUAAUGUGUGUUCGAUUGUUAUGUUCCGUUUCAUUCAUCUUUGAACACACAACAUAAGUAACUACUAUAUACUACACGCAGAGGAAUAAUAUCUAGCUGAAAUGGGUAAAAACGAUGACUGUUUCAAUAACAACUACACAACAUGUGAAUACUCAAAAGAUAACCGGACCAAAGAUAGAAAACAGCUUAACAGUUCUGAUGUUUCUCAAUAUGAAGAAGUGGUGAAUUCAUUGUUUAUUAAACAGUUUGAUUUGCCAAAUUCAUGCAAAUGGAAACUUCCCGAGCCAAACACCAUGUUUAAUUACAGCAAAUGGGAGGUAAUUCAAAGUUAAUUUUACUGUCUAUAACUUAACCUUCCUAUGAAAAUAUAUCAUCCAUAAAAACUAACUUAGGUAUCUAUGUCUAUGUCUUGUGUGCAGCUUGACAUUUUGUACAAAAAAGUUCACUAUAAACUUAAUAGUAAUAUGGUUAAAAAAAACACAAACAUAAGUACUGUUUUUUGCCUCUCAAUCUCAAUACACAAUUUACAGUUUUUUAUUAUAAUUUGAAUGCUUUGUACAUGACUAUUAUGAUAUUUUUAAAAUUAUUUAGUAUCAUUUAUCAUUAUUCGGUAUAUUUGUAGGUCAGAAUUGUGUACAUAAUAUUACUUUUGUACAGUUUUUAAGCUGUAUCUAUUUAGCUACUUAUAUUAUUUACAAUUGAGUAACUAUUCAUAGUUUUUUUUGCUUUAAAACAAGUUUAUUUUAUAAUCUAUUUUUAAUUUAUUAAAUUAAUAAAUUAUAUACUUAUCUUUUUAAACAUUUUGUUUAAAUAUAUAAUUGAUAUAUACUAGUAUGCAUUUUUUAAUAGGUAUGUUAUUUGGGAAUUUAAAAAAAAUAUAAUGGGUACUAAUUAAUAAUAUGUGUACUACCCAACUAUCUGGAAUUUAAAAAAAAUAUAAUGGGUACUAAUUUUAAAAAAAAUAUAAUGGGUACUAAUUAAUAAUAUGUGUACUACCCAACUAUCUAAAGUUAUAUAUUUUUUAUAAAUCUAAAUAAUCAAGACUAUACAUAUUUUAACUUAUGUAAAACAACUUAAGAAUUUUCAUAUUUUUUUUAUUAUACAAAUUGUAUCUAUUAAUAAUAGGUAACAUUUAUGAUUAAAAUAGGGGUACAUGUUUUUUUAUUUUUUAUUCAAUACUUAUUAAGGUUGUGCAGGUAUGAAAUAUUUAUAAUAUUAUUCCAAAUUUUAUUUCAAUAAUUUAAUAUUUAAAUUCUUAUAAUAGGUUAUAUGAUAAUUAAAUACAAUUAAAAUAUAUUAGUUAUUAACUGCACUUUAGCUUUUAGCAUUAUAAUCCAUUCAAAUUGCUUACAAAUGUCAAAAAAGCACUUAAAAAGUAUUUUAAAAAGGAAAAAUGGUAGAGGGAUUUGAAAGUCUUACCUUUAAAACGUUUAAUUUAUUAAAUACAAUUUCUAACAAUGAAAAAAUAAUUAACACAAAGUACCUAGGGUGAAAUUGUCAUCCUAAGAACUUUUUUCUAUUUGUAUAUGAUUUAAUUUAUCCACAGUUAUUGAACAAAAAUCAAAACUUUACCAUGAAUAUAUUAUAAGUUUACUAAUACCUCGACUAAUACAUAAUUUUUAUUUCAAAGUCUCAAGUAUAGAAUUAUUCUUAUAGAAUGAAAAAUUAGUAUUAAUAUUUUGAAAUUUAAUUUUUUCAUUCUAUGGUCAUCCUACGAUAUCUAUGUUAUUAUAGUAAUUUAUAUCGCUCAGUAAAUUAAUUAAUGUAGAUGAAUGGGCUUUUUUGGCGUUUAUAUUGUGAUUUGUGGAUUUUAAGUGCUAAAAGUCUAAAUUAAUAUUAAUAUAAUUUAAUGAUUUAGAAUUUGAUUUCAAAAAUUGUCACAUCAACUAUUAAAAGAUAUGCAUUAUUAUUUUAUAUACUUUUUAACAUUCAAUUUUGCUUAGUGUCAAUUUUUAAAAUGUUAUUUAAUUUCUCUUUAAGGCUAAUUAUAAUAAGCUUUUUUUUAUUUUCAGUUACCAGAUUUUAUAUGUUUAAAAAAAUCAUUAAAUAAUGUCAAGGAUAAACUUGAUCAUUUUAACUUGGAGGAAUGGCAUAAAAUUACUAGGAAAACAAAUCCAGCUCUCAAAAUUUUAUAUAAAGUUAAACAAACUGGACAUCCAGAAUUGUUAACUGUAGCUUGGUUAAAAUUUUUUGAAUUAUUGAAUAGUUAUGACCUAAUAUCUCAAAAAAGCAUUGACAGUGGAAAAUUCAAUAGUGUUCAUUUGUGUGAAGCUCCUGGAGGAUUUAUUUCUGCUCUUAACCAUUAUUUAAUUAGUAAAAAGUUAAAUGUGAAAGUAAGUUAUCAAAUUAAUAGUAUUAAUUUUAUAUUUUAAUGAAUUUUUCGUAUUUUAGUGGGACUGGGUAGGAGUUACAUUAAAUCCAUAUCAUGAAGGAAAUGGUAAUCCCGAUUUGAUAAACGAUGAUAGAUUUAUUUUAUUUUCAAAAAGCCAUUGGUUUUUUGGUAGUGACCAUACUGGAGAUAUUUUUCAGAGAAACUUUUAUAAAGAUUUGUAUACAUAUGUUAAAAAUCGUUUUGGAAAAGAAGCAAGUCUGGUAAAUAAACAGUUAUUUGUUAUUGUUUUAAAGAUCAGUUAACUAUUGAAUUAAAUUAAUGUAUUAUUAUAAUUUUCAGGUAACAGCUGAUGGUAGUAUGGAUUGUCAAAAUAAUCCUGAUGAACAAGAAAAUGUAGUCAUGCGUCUGCAGUUAGUUGAGGCAAUGAUUGCCUUAAUGAUACUUGAAGAUGGUAUUGUAUAUAUAAUGUUUAUUGGUAUUAAAAAUGUAAUUAUUAAUUAAUUAAAUAAUAAUAGGUGGUACAUUUGUUUUAAAAAUGUUCACUACAUUUGAAUGUAAUUCAUUAUGUCGAAUGUAUUUGUUAUGUUGUGCAUUUGAGUCAGUACACAUAAAAAAACCAGUUACAAGUAAACCAGGCAAUUCUGAAGUUUAUGUUGUUUGUUGUGGGUACAGAGGUUUACGAUACAUUGAACCCUGGAUUCAUCAAUUCUUCUUAACUAUUGAUCGUAGUAUGUCAUACUAAAUAUCUUAGAUAUUAUUUUCCUUAUUUAUAUCUUACUUGUUAUUUUAUUAUAGUAUUAUCUGGUUAUUGUUUAUUUCAAUUGAAAGAGUUGCCUAAAGAAUUUUUAUCAUCCAUGUAUAACUGCUCCAAAUAUUUUAGUGAACAACAAAUGCAAAUUAUUGAAAAUAACAUUCAGGAGUUUCUACACAAAUUUGAUAAUGAUGCCAAAAAGUUAACGGAAUUACAAUAUAGUGUUGCUAAAACAUAUGUUGAUAGAUAUAAUGUAAAACCAAUUGAUCCAACCCAAGAAAUUAUUGGACAAAAUAAACUUAUUGUAGGUAUACUUAAAUUAUAAAUUAAAAUAAAUAUAUCUUGAUGAGAAAGUAUUAUGUAUUUUUUAGUCUAUUGCUUAUGAUUUACCAAAAAUUUCAACUGUAAAACAAGUUAUGGAUUAUUCAUUUUCUGAAAAACAACGUAGGAUAGAAUAUCAAGCAUCAGAUGAAGCAAGGUUACUUCAAGAUCAAGUAAAUAAUUUUAAACAAUUCACUUGGAAAUAUGAUUCUUCAUUUUUGUGGUAUAAUGGAGAGGUAAUAAUAAUAAGUAUUAAUCAUGUACUUUUUUAAUACUUUAUAACAUUAAAAAUGUAUUACCUACUAUUUAUUUUAAGACCAAGAAAUUUUAAGAUAUUUAAUUUUUAAUAUAAUUUUAUUAAAAACAGGACAUUGAUAUUGAUUUAUGUGAUUUUAAUAUUCAAAUGGGUAAACCUGCUUCUGUAAUACGCAACUCAAAAUUUUGUUUGGAUUUAUUAAUUGACUACAGUAACCGAGCUAGAUCAUUAUUUACCAUUCCAACCGAAGACAAAAUUAAGCGCAGAGAGUGAGUUUAUUUUUGAUUUUAAUAAUUGGUAAAUUAAAUGACAUGUUAUAUAUUUCAGUUAUUUUUGGCUUCAAAUCCCAAGGCAAACUGUUUGUGGAAAAUUAUUUGUUUGUGACCUAACAUCUAUUUAUAUCAGUGAUUGUACAAAUAACAAUAGAAAACAACUUGAUUCUUUAACAACUAUUUUAGAAUCAUUGAAACAACUUACAACUUCUGACAGUUUGUUGUUAAUUGGAUAUCCAUUGCUAACCCAAGUUAAUGUUGGUGUUUUUUUUAUACUUAUUAAAAUGUUCCUAAAGGUAUAUAUAACAGUUAUGUCAAUAUAUUAUUUUGAUAUGAUUCUUUAAAUUCUGAAUAGAGUGUAGAAACAAUUUUAUAUACAAUGAUGUGUGUUUUUAUUUUGUUUGCUUAGAAAACAUUUUGGCGGAUUAAAAUGUUUAAAAUGCUCCUUCCAGUAACUUAAUAUUUAAUUGAAAAAAGAAAGGUUGUGUGUUAUUUCAUUGUUAUUGCUGUUUUUGUCUUUAAAAUACACAAAAUCAAAUUUUCACUCUGCAAUUACAACUUUGUGCUGUUAGUUUUAAUAUUUGAGUAAAUUAAACUAUCAAACUUAAAGAUAAGAAUUUUUAUCUGUGCAUAUAUAUCAAUUUUUUGAUAUUUUAAUUUUUAAGUAAAAUAUGAAUGUAAUAAUGCUUAUAUUUGGCUUUAAAAUUAAAAUAUUUUAAAAAAGCAUGGUAGUUUAUGUUUUUACCUUUAAGUUUGUUAAUUUGGUUGGUCAGUUCACUUCAAUCUUAAAACAAACUGCACAAUUUUCAUAGCUAUAUCAUGCUAGACAGAAAUAGUACACACAAGUGUGUGUAGUCCUCUAAAUGGUGUCAGUAUUCAAUAUUUCUAAAAUUCAUAAAGAGCUAAAAAAGUAAUGAGAAAAAUGUAAGUGAAUAUACAAUCUUUUAUUUCUAAAUUCUACUCUAUUCAGAAUUAAUGUGUUCACACAUAAUUGUUUGUUCAUUGUUACUUUCAAUAUUAAAUUAAAAAAAUAACAAUAAUAAUAAAUAAUAAUAUUUUUAUACUGUCUACUCAUACUGACAUUCUAAUUUUAAUUUACAUGUGUUAUUUUAUUGUAGACUGGUGUGAUUAAACCUGAUGAAAUGGGUCAUGCUUUUGUGUUUUCAAAAUUGAAAGGGACACACAUAGAUAAUUUAAUAACUCUUUUAUAUCAAAUAAAAGAGCAUAUUAAGGAUCCCAGUAUCACUGAUAUAGUUGAAAAACAAGGGAAAUCUUUGAUAUCAUUCUUUCCAAUUGAGAAAUUAAUGUGUAAGUUGAAAAUAUAAUUUAUUGUUUUGAAUCAUAAUUUUAAAGCUAUUUAAAAUAUUAACUAUGUUUCAGUUCAACCUAUUUAUAAAGAUAUUGUUAUUGUUAAUUGCCUGAUUAUAAUCAAUGAAGUAAAAAAAACAGUAUCUUCCUACUUGGAGCAAUAUUGAUUAUUUGCAAUUCAGUAUACACACAUCAGUAUUU